AUGCCUCGGGGGAGGCGCGGCGGCCGGGUGAGCGCCCUGGAGGGCGGCCCGGAGGAGGAAGCGCCCCCGGCGGCGGCCGCGGUGCCCUCGGCGCUGUGGGCGUCCCAGCUGCAGCCGGAGGCGGCGGCCGGGCAGAUCCUGCUGCGUGGCAUCUUCGAGAUCGGGAGGAGCAGCUGUGACGUGGUGCUGAGCGAGCGAGCCCUCAGGUGGCGGCCCAUCCAACCCGAGCGCCCCGCGGGUGACUCCAAGUAUGAUGUUCUAUGUAAAGAAGAAUUUAUUGAACUCAAGGACAUAUUCUCUGUCAAACUGAAACGGCGUUAUUCUGUUAAACAGCAGGGAAGUGGUACCUUAUUAGGUAUCACACUCUUCAUAUGUUUGAAAAAGGAACAAAAUAAAUUAAAAGAUUCUACACUUGAUCUUAUUAAUUUAAGUGAAGACCACUGUGAUGUGUGGUUUAAACAAUUCAAGAAAAUUUUGGCUGGUUUUUCAAAUAGACCAAAGUCAUUAAAAAUAAUUCUUAACCCCCAAAGCCACAAAAAAGAAGCUACCCAGGUCUAUUAUGAGAAGGUUGAACCACUGUUGAGGACAGCAGGAAUAAAGACUGACGUAACAAUAACAGAAUAUGAAGGACAUGCUCUGUCACUCCUAAAGGAAUGUGAACUCCAGGAAUUUGAUGGUGUUGUCUGUGUUGGUGGAGAUGGAUCGGCCAGUGAAAUCGCCCAUGCUUUGCUUCUUAGAGCCCAGAAGAAUGCUGGGAAAGAAACGGACCGCAUCCUCACCCCUGUCCGUGCAGAGCUCCCUCUGGGCUUAAUACCAGCAGGCUCUACCAACGUACUGGCACAUUCUCUUCAUGGAAUCCCUCAUGUGGUAACUGCAACUUUGCACAUUAUAAUGGGACACAUACAACCUGUCGAUGUCUGCACCUUCAGCACCACUGGCAAAUUUCUUCGCUUUGGGUUCUCAGCCAUGUUUGGCUUUGGGGGAAGAACUUUGGCUCUGGCAGAAAAACAUCGAUGGAUGUCACCCAACCAACGAAGGGAUUUUGCUAUAAUUAAAGCACUGGCAAAACUUAAGCCUGAAGACUGUGAAAUAUCAUUUUUACCAUUUAUCAGCUCUCAGGAUUUACAAGAAAGGAAGGUGGAAGGAUCUCCCAAAUCUGUGAGUAAUGAUCAGUGGCAAACGAUCCAGGGUCAGAUCCUGAAUGUCAGCAUUAUGGCAAUUCCUUGCCUGUGUUCAGUGGCACCUAGAGGCUUGGCACCUAAUACCAGAUUAAAUAACGGAAGCAUGGCUCUUAUAAUUGCACGAAAUACUUCUCGGCCAGAAUUUAUAAAACACCUGAAAAGAUAUGCCAGUGUUAAGAAUCAGUUCAAUUUUCCGUUUGUUGAGACUUACACUGUUGAAGAGGUUAAAGUUCGUCCGAGGACUAAUAGCACACCCAAUCUAGAGGAGGAUGCUGGGAGGCAUGCAGCUGCUUCAGAAAACAAUUUCCCUUGGAAUGUAGAUGGUGAUUUAGUGGAAGUCGCAUCAGAGGUCCAUGUUAAAUUACACCCAAGACUUAUCAAUCUUUAUGGAGGAAGCAUGGAAGAAAUGAAUGAUUCUGAAGUUAACUGUAAUUGUUUAUAAAAGGAAUGUACAAAAUAGAAUUUUAAUGGGAGGGAAUAUGGUCAUUCUUUAAACAUAUCCUAAUAGGAAACAAAAUUCUUAUU